AUGUCGGACGGCGCCCUGAAGCCCGAGAAGGACUUCUCGAAGGAGACGGACAAGCAGAUCCCAGAGGCUGAGAAGCUCGCGGAGAGUGACAUCUCGGCCGCCAUUGAGAAGCUGAGUGUCCUAGAGAAGCAGACCCGCCAGUCCUCAGAUCUUGCGUCGACAUCUCGUAUACUCAUCGCCAUUGUGAACAUCGCCAAGAAUGCUGGUGACUGGAGCUUGAUGAACGAGCAGGUCUUGAUUCUGUCCAAGAAGCAUGGCCAGCUCAAGCAAGCUAUUACGAAGAUGGUCCAGGCCGUGAUGAGCUUCCUCGACUCUACCCCCAACCUCGAAACUAAGCUUUCUGUUAUUGAGACACUGCGGACAGUAACCGAAGGCAAGAUCUUUGUCGAAGUCGAGCGCGCGCGCAUCACCAAGACCCUGUCCGACAUCAAGAAGGAGCAGGGUGACCUGAAGGCGGCAACGGACAUUCUGUGCGAGCUGCAGGUGGAGACUUUCGGCUCCAUGGACCGCCGGGAGAAGACUGAGUUUAUUCUCGCACAAGUCGCUCUUUGUAUCGAGGUUGGAGACUGGACUCAAGCCAGCAUCCUUAGCCGCAAGAUCAGCACUCGCUACCUGUCACGAAAGCCGAAGAAGACCCCCGAGCAACUGGAGAAGGAGAAGAAGGAGCGCGAGAAGAAGAAGGCGAGAGGCGAGGAGGUUCCCGAGGAGAAGGAGGACGACACAACCGACCUGAAGCUUCGGUACUACGAGCAGCAGAUCAUCCUUGCGAAGCACGAUGACAAGUACCUCGACGUGUGCAAGCACUACCGCCAGGUGCUCGACACCGAGGCGGUCGAAGAAGACCCCAAGAAGCUUCACCCCGUCCUGCAACGCAUCAUCUACUUCGUCAUCCUUGCCCCGCACGACAACGAACAGCACGAUUUGCUCCACAGAAUCCAGAAGGAUUCCAGAAUCAGCCAAGUCUCUCAAGAGGCCGAUCUCCUCAAGCUCUUCACCGUCCACGAGCUCAUGCGCUGGCCCGAGGUUUCCAAGACUUUUGGCCCUCACCUCUGUGAGACCGAUGUGUUUGAUGCGCAGCCCGGCCAGUCCGAUGACGAGAAGGCCCAUCAACGCUGGCUGGAUCUCCGUAAGAGAGUCAUCGAGCACAACGUUCGGGUGGUCGCCAAGUACUAUACUCGCAUCCAGACCCAGCGCCUCACCCAGCUCCUGGAUCUCACCGAGGACGAGACAGAGAAGUACAUCAGCGAACUGGUCACGUCAAAGACGAUCUAUGCCAAGAUCGACCGUCCCGCGCGUAUCGUGAGCUUCGCGAAGCCUAGAGACGCGGAUGACAUCCUGAACGAGUGGAGCUCCAACAUGAAGAGCUUGUUGGGCCACCUGGAGCGGAUCGAUCAUCUCAUCACCAAGGAGGAGAUGAUGGCCAGCAUCCAGCCGGGAGCCUCAAAGUCCGGCAAGGGAAAGGCGACAAAGGCGCAUUAA